CGCGCAGCACGGCUGGGGUAAUGCCCACGAGCGUCUUCGGGAACUGGAUGUGUUUCUAGUGUGCGCACGGUUCCUCGUGCACUGGCACUACACACAGAGCUUUUCAGUGAGCUCGGGAUACACCACAACAACGCAAUGAUAGCAGAAGAAGAAGAAGAAGUGGCCUAGCGGAGCCAGAGGACUGACAGAGUUUCCUUUUUGGAAGAAUGAAUGUUCCUCUUUCCCGUUUUACCUUUGCUCUGCUGCAGUUGAUUAGCGCCGCUGUGGUCGCCGUCUCCACCGCAGUAGUCGCUGGAUCCCUUGGACACGUUUCCUUGGAAGACCAACUUCUGGAAGCGGGUACAGUCAGUGGUUCCGGACGCAGGACUUGCAGACUGUACUGUCGGGUUGGCAUUGGUUUUCAUCUUCAGAUACACACUGACGGACGAGUUAACGGCAGUCAUGAACCCAAUCGGUUAAGUGUCCUGGAGCUCUUUGCUGUAUCUCAGGGUGUCAUCGGUAUCCGAGGAGUCUACAGUAACAAAUUCCUGUCCAUGAACAAGAGAGGAAGGCUUCACGCCGUGGAGAAGUUCACGGACGACUGUAGAUUCUGGGAGCGUUUCCAAGAGAACAGUUACAACACGUACGCCUCGGUGUUGCACCGGAACCACCGGACGGGACGGGAUUGGUACGUGGCCCUCAACAAAAGAGGCAAAGCCAAGAUGGGCUCCAGCCCCAGGGUCAAAUCACAGCACGUCGCCACGCACUUCCUCCCCAGGCUCAACCUGCACGACCUGCAGAGCGAACGAGGCUUCACCAUCACAGACAGGAGUAAAGACAGGAGGAAAAGCCUCCCAGUGGCACCUCAACCGCCCUCGCAGCCGAAGAUAAGCCUUAAUACAGGAACACGGAAGAGGGUGCAGACUGUCAAGUACUGGCCAAAGUUUCGGUUUGGAUAGACUGAGGAGAGGUUCAUGUCAAGGAAGACUGUAGGUUGAGUGCUGUAGCCUGGAAUCAAUGAUAGGAUUCAGGAUUGCCAGACUGCUGUAGUGAAACAACGGUGAAACAGAGUUCCAGGCUAUGUGGAUUGGAUUAGGGCUGAAUAGCGGGAACUGUGUUACCGAGAUUUACAGAGAUUUCCCGCCUAAAACCACUCCCUUUUCCCAGGAUAAAUAACUGCAAAAAACAGUCAAUUAUACACUGAACAAAAAUGUUAAUGCAGCACGCAACAAUUUCAAAGAUU